CACAACUAUAAUUAAACCCAACCUCAUCCCCCUACCCCUUUCACACUCACCACUCUCAUCACUCCAAAACCCACUUUCCCCUUCCCUCCCCCACCAACUCCACUCAAACCUCUCCUAAUUCUCUCCCUCUUGCUAGCUAGUUCCAGUUCCAACUUAAUUAUAUAGUAGGAAGAGGAAAAUAUUUAUUUAUUUAUUUAGAGAUGAUUCAAGAACUACUAAUGGGUGCAGGAGUGGUGGAGGAAAAUAAGAUCAUCCCCAACAUCCCCUCCACCGCCGCCGCCGCCGCCGCCGCUGCUGCUGCUGCCUCCUCCCCUUCCUCCUCGCCGGUUUCGGCUGCAGGCACUUCGGGUAUCGUCACCGCUGCUGCCGCCGCUGCGGCGGCUUCGUCGGAGCCGCUGCGGUGCCCGCGGUGCGACUCGUCGAACACCAAGUUCUGCUACUACAACAACUACAACCUCACCCAGCCCCGCCACUUCUGCAAGACCUGCCGCCGCUACUGGACCAAAGGCGGCGCCCUCCGCAACGUCCCCAUCGGCGGCGGCUGCCGCAAAGCCAAGCCCGCCACCUCCACCUCCGCUGCCGCCGCCGCCGCCGCCGCCAAGCCCCGGCCGCCGCCCUCCGCCGCCGUCGACUUCCCCCCCUGGGCCGCCGCUCCGCCGCCGCCGCCGCCGCAGCACGCCUCAGCCCACCUCAUGGCCCUCCUCAGAGCCACCGCCAUCCCCUACCCUAACCCUAACCCCAUCAUAAAUCCCUUGCGUUGCAAGGAGGACGUUGCAAUCCUCAAUGCACACAAGGUGUUCGACGCAAUGGGCGCUACACAGAGCCUGACCUUAGAGCCUCUGAAUAAUCACCAUUCAUGUAACAGCAAUGGCAACAGCAACAACAAUAAUAAUUAUAGUAAUGUGUCGUGGAGACACAGCUACGUCCACGGUUACCACCAACCGCUGCUCGGUGGGAACGCGCAAAGCGCAGGGGUCGAAGAGCUGCAUCAGAGAUUCAAGCCACUCGGUGCUACCUACAGCGACCAGCUACAAGCGGUGAUCGGCAAUAUGGGCGGUGGAUUGGGUGGUUCUUCUUCUAUGUUCUCUUCCUCUUCUUCAUCCUCUUGUUUGUUUUCUUCUACUUGUAGUGCUAACAUCGAAUCGACUGCGACGAUAGCGAAUGCUGGUGGUAAUAGUACUAGUAUUUUGGAGCCGAUCUCGCUCGCGGGAGGAGAAUUGGGGUACUGGAACCCGGCAAUGGCGUGGUCGGAUCCGCAUGCUACUAUCAAUGGUGCAUUCCCUUAGAACACCAAUUAGUAGUUCAUUUUCUACCUAUGUAUCUGUUCUUUUUUCUUUCCUUUUUUUUUUUUGGUGCUCUGUGGGCAAUUAGUGGUGCUAUACAUGAAGGUUGGGGGGUACUAUAAUAUAAUGUAUUACUAUAUAUUAAGAAUCUUUCCUUAGUUAACUCUGCGUCAGUGUUUAAAUUUGUAUUAA